AUGGCGGAUCCCGCGAGCACCGAGCAUGCAGCAGCUGCUGACCGGCGGACGCAGUCGGAGCGCGCCAUGGAGCAUCUGGAGUGGCUCGGCGGCCAGCUGCACCCGCUCGAGCAGACCAUUCUCCUCAACAACCUGGAAAAAUUCAUGAAGGACUCGGACAACAUGGUCGCGCGCAUCAAGCGUGGCGAGCGACCUGCUGACGUCUUUGCAUCCGACUGCAGCCAGUCCUCGCCCCGUCCCAGCCCACCCCCCACCGAGUCGUCCGGGUCGAGACGGCGGCGCUUGAGCUCUGGCCAAAGCAGAGCGCUAAAUGGAUCUGCUUCCGCUUCAUCGACAUCGACGGGGACGGCGCGGCGCGGCAUGUCGAGCCCAGAGCAGGGCGCGGCACCCGCCAAUCCGCGGAAGAGAGCGGCAGAAUAA